AUGGCGUCAAGAGCGAUUGUUAGGAGGAAUAUCAUUUCCGAUUACUUGAGUGUCUAUGCUCGCUCAGCUCGGAGCUCGAGCUCUCAGUCCAACCGUCCUCCCGUAGAUGUGCGCGAGUCCUUUCGAAGAGAUGGUAGUUUGGAAAUUGUUCCUUCUCUAUCUACUAAGGAAAGCGAGGAUUUGUUGAGUAGACUGUCCACUGAAGGAAGCUUAUCUGCUCUGAAGAAAGGGAGAGAAAUUCAUGGAUAUUUGCUCGGGAAGGGUUUUCGUCUAGAGGGGUCCAUUGCAGUUGCACUUGUUGAUAUGUAUGGAUGUUGUGUAGAUUUCUCGAGUGCACAGGCUGUGUUUGAUGGGAUGGAGAAGAAAGGUACAGAGGAUUUUGUGUUUGCAUCUAGUGUCUUUGCCAGAAUGACUGUUGUGCAAAGGAUGAAGAAUUUGAUCCGACAAAGCGAGUAUCAUAGCCAGUAUGAGGAAGAGCAUGGACCCGUUAGUUGGAUCCAUGCUAACGGCAAACUCACACCAUUCCAAGCAAACGACAAGUCUCUUCCAAAGAAGAUGAAGAUGAAGGUAUAUAGCAUGCUGUCUUUAAUGAAUGCGGAGGCGGCCAGAACGGGAAUCAUCUCCAUCCCGAUGGAUCCCACUGGCCGCUGCAUGUGGAGACUUCACGCAAGCGAUCUUGAAGCGUUUGACGACCGUUGA